AUGGCCGUGCAGGCGGCGCCUCCUCCGCCUCCCCAUCACCCCUUCGUCCCUUUCGGCUUCCCCACGGCGGACUUCGGGGCUCUGGAGAAGAGCUGCUACGGCGACGGGGCGGCGCUGCUGCUGCUGGAAGGCGGCGUCGGGGCGAGCGGCAUCGGCGGCGUCGAAGGCGGUGUCGGAGGCGGCGUCGUCGGUUGCCCCGAAGCGGCCGAUUUCCGCGAAGCCACCCGGGAGCUGUUGAGCUUCAUCGACUCGGCGUCGAGCAACAUCAAGCUGGCUCUGGACAAGCCGGGCAAAUCCAAGCGGAAAGUCAACCAUCGGAAGUACCUGCAGAAGCAGAUCAAGCGCUGCACCGGCCUCCUCGGGGGCAACGCGGAGCCAGGGGCCGGUUCGGUUCCAGGUUCGAGUCCCGCUCCGGCCGCCGCCGCCGCCGCCCCCACGAACAAGCAAGCCUCGGCCUCGCCGGCGCCCUCUAGCGGUGGUGGCGCCGCCGCCGCCGCUCCCUCCUGCAAGCCAGCCAAGCGGGAGAGCAAAAGCUUAGCGGCGCUUUUCGACUCCCUGCGCGGAGCCCCGACGGCCGUGGCCACUGCGGCUUCUCCCGCCGGGCCGUCCGGCUGUGCAAGCGGGAAAGAGGCAGGCUCCGCUCCGCCGACGGCUGCGGUCGCUUGCAAGAAGGUCCCUUUGCGGAACCGCAACCUGCCCCGCUCCUUCUUCACCGAGCCGGCUCCCAACCGGGCGCCCAACCCCGCCGGCUUGGAAGGAGGAGGAGGAGGAGGAGGAGCGGGGCCCGUCCCGUCGGUGGCCGAAGAGCUCUUCGAUCUGCUGGCGGCUCCCGAUUACCGAGCCUUGCUGCAGGAAUCCUCCGAGCCGCCGCCGCCGCCGCCGCCCGUUUUCCCGGCGGAGCUUCCUCUGGAGCCGCCGCUGUACGAGCCGCUGCCGUCGUUGGCGCCCCUGCUUUACGCCGAGACCCCCUUGCGGCCCCUGCCGGCUCUCUACGCCGCCGUCGCUGUUUCGGAUCCGACGGCGCCCUUCUUUGCGGAUUGCCCGCUGCCGCCUCCGCCGUCGAUGCCCUACGAUUACGGCUACAGUCGCGGGGCGCCUUACCCCAGCCUCUAG